AUGUUGUCGCCGCCAUUCUCCCAGGGCAACUCUCUUCGACCGCCGGGUCAAGCCGCCUUGGUACCACUCCUUGUGCGGCACGACAGCGGCUUGCUCAACCCGAUGAAAGAUGCGGCGCAGACCCUUGAAGUGGAACUCAGCACUCCCAGGCUCGAUAAAAUGGCCAAAUGGCUCUGGCUCGCCGGGCUCCCCCGUCCCGCUAGACCACUUCACCGCCAACUCCAGCUACAGCGAAGCAUUCAUCUCACUGAGUCCGUUGAUGAGCAUCUGAUUUGGCACGAAUCGUCUAUCUUCAUUAAACCAGUCCCUGAAUAUCUCCUGAAUUUCGAGUUCUGGACAUCCCGAAUAUGCGGCGACGUUGCGCUGUACAAAUGUGCCUGUGGGCUACUUUUCAGCUAUGCCUGGCUAGUUGGGCACAAGAGCGACUUUCGCAUAGCCCAGAACACUGGGAUUAUUCCGGAUGAUAUCUCGUGGGGUCAGUGGACAGACUUCAUGAGGGAUUUCAUAGCUCGGGUGCAGCCUCGCCUGACCCAUCAUAUCAGCAAUCGCUAUACCUACGGCGAACUGCGCCUAUCCCGGCUGAACACUCUAUACCGCUUUACGACGCCCAUCUCGGCCAGGAAACUGGUCAUUGGCUUUAUGUCAACGUCGAACAGGCGGAAGAUCUUCUUCAAGCAGCACUUUGGCUGGUUUCUGGCAGCAUUCGCCUACAUAUCCGUGAUCCUAUCUGCGAUGCAAGUUGGUUUAGGCACUGACGCGCUACAAAAUAGUGCGCAGUUCCAGAACGUAUCUUAUGGUGUCUCGCUCUCAGCGAUAUACGUUGUCAUCAUUUCCAUUGCAUUCAUCGUCAUAGUAUGGUUUGGACUUUUUUGGUUCCACCUGCUCUCGACGCUGGGCCUUACGAAGAGUGUCAAGUACAAGCAUUUCGUCGUGUAG